AUAAAUAAAUCCUUUUUAUCAAUUGAUGACAUGAUAUAUUGAAUAUUCGUAAAAUUAAUGUGGUUGCGUUUGGACUUGUUUUAAAUAUGUGGUUACUACUCCUGCUGGUGUCGCCAUGCCUCGCAUUACGAGACAUGAAACCACCGCCUCCCGUCACCAGGUCGGCGCACAGUAUUGUGGAAGGCUAUGUGCCGGUCCGCCUCAACCAUUUCAUGGCGGCGAACACAGAGACCUUUCCUAUGCGAUACUACUACAAUGAUGAAUUUGCUCGCCUCGACAAUAAUAUCGUGAUCUUCGUGGGCGGUGAGUGGGCCAUCUCUCCUGACUAUGUGCUCGGUGGACUGGCCUACGAUCUAGCCGAGACCAUGAAUGCUGGCCUCUUCUAUACUGAGCACCGGUACUAUGGACUGACUAGGCCUAGCAGCAACACUAGUGUUCCUUACCUGCGGUUCCUGAGUGUAGACCAAGCGCUGGCGGAUCUCGCGCAGUUCAUCCAGUAUGUGAAGAGCGACCAAUUCUACAACGGACGGCACAGGAACGCCCGCGUCGCUCUAGUAGGAUGUUCGUACGCGGGCUCCAUGGCGACCUGGAUGCGGGUCGCGUACCCUCACCUGGUUGACGCAGCCUUUUCCGACAGCGGCCCUCUGCACGCCCAAGAAGACUUUCCUGAAUACCUGGAGGUGAUAGCAGAAGCCAUCAGGGUACAGGGGGGUGAGAGAUGCCUCGCCAGCAUAGAAGAAAGUAUGCAAGCGCUGGUAAAACUACUGGAGACUAGCUCCGGACCUGCCACCGUGUCUAGAAUGUUCAACACCUGCACUACAAUCCAAGCCUCGAGCCCGCUGGACCUGGCCACAUUCUUCUGGUUCGGCAUCACGGAAACCUUCGCCGGGCUGGUGCAGUACGCCAUACCUGGCGAUAUUCCUGCGGCGUGUGCUGUCCUUACUAACGCUUCCGUCCAGGACCCGGUGCAGCGCCUGGCCGACUGGAUCACGUCUCAGUACUGGACUCAGCCGUGCAUCGAGUCUCGGUACUCGGAGGUGAUCGCGGCACACACCAACGUCAGCUACGACUCUCCAGAUGCUGACAUGCGCCUGUGGACUUACCAGACGUGCGUGGAGUUCGGCUGGUACCAGACCACCACCAGUAACCGCCAGCCGUUCCUUUCCACGGUGCCGCUCGAGUACUUCCACGACAUGUGCAGGGAUUUCUUCUCUGCUAAUUUUGACGAGAACUUACUUCGUUCCGGCAUCGAGAGAACCAACUUAUUCUUCGGUGGACUGACCAGGCUGCCCGACAAAGUGAUUUCUGUGGUUGGUGGGCACGACCCCUGGUCCCCGAUGGGGCCCAACGCCACCCACGCGCACUUCCUAGCGCCGGUGCACAUCCUGCCACAUGAUUCGCAUUGUAGAGCUAUUGGUUCUAUACAUGACGAUGACCCAGCAGAGCUUCGGGCAGUGAAGUUGUCAGUACUUCUUCGCAUGCAUAACUUCGCUACGGGCUCGGAGAACAGCGCCGCUUCGCUCACUCUCGCGGCUUCUCUUGCAGUCAUAUUCGCUAUUCUACAUGCUAUAGUUUAAGCGGGAGUUAAAUAUCGUAUUGAAUUUAUUGAAUUCUAAAUGAGAAUUAAUAAAGAUAUUGUAAUAUAUAAACAAAGAAUAAAUACUCACUAAAACUGAAA